AUGAAUAAUGGAUGGAUUAACAGUUUUUAUCCCAAAGGAAAUAUUGAAGAUAAUUCAAAUAUAGACGGUCGUCAUUUUUCAAAAAUUGCAGGGAAGAAAUGGAAUGAACUAUCAGAAUAUGAAAAUCACGAUAAUAUAGGCAGUAGCCGUCAAUGUUGGGG